UUUCUCCAUUUCUCCUUUUCACAUUUGCACAUUCUCACUGACUAGGAAACAGCGAUGCUUCUCAAGGACGUCGGAGGCCGCGACGGGCUGCUGCUCGCUGCGCACACGGGCGCCGGCGUCGUGUUGUGGUCGCUCGUGUCGGCGCUGCCGCGGGACAUCUACUGGUUCUCGCUCGACGCGAUGGGGUUGCCGAGCCAGGUGGUCUACUUGAGCAUCCUCCUCACCUGUCCUCCCGUGUGCUUGAUGACCCAUACGUUGCGUGUCUACUGCGCCAAAGGCUACGGCGUCGGCGUUAGCCUUGGCUCGCUCUGCCUCUUGAGCCGGCAUCUCGACGCGUCACCCGAAACCCACCUCGUGACGGCGUGUGUCGGCCUCACGGCGAUGCUAACCGUGUCCUUGGCGCUGUGGUCGUCUGAGACCAGUGUGGUUUCGAUCGAUGGCUCCGUGACGCUGCCUGCGAUGGCGUUGCACGGCCUUGUGCUGGGCAAUGCGCUCUUCUUGUGGCUGCGCUCGGCCGGCUUGUCGCUCAAUCCGCUUCUCGACUUGCCAGGCUCGGGCUUUUCGUGCAUCCCACUCGCCUUGCUGUGUGGCGUGCUACUGCACACCUAUCGUUACCACUGGCACCCCGCCAAGGUCGCAACAACGGCAAGCGCGGCGCCGUGGCGGCGCGUCCUCGGCUUCGUCGGUCUCAGCAGCCUCUUCUUCUUCACCCACUGGCUCUUUACUGCGCCGACCGCCAUUCCUCGCUGGCUCGGCGUCCACCAUGCGUGGGGGUGGCUAGUCCUCGUGACAUAUACGCUCGGCGUCUUGUGUGCACCGCUUGGUGGGGCGGUGGCCGCGGCGACGCUCUUUGGAGCUGGCGCAAUUGCGUUCCACGCUUCGAGCUUUCCGGGGCUCUCUCUCUGCGGGGCGGCCGCCAUGGGCCUCGCACUGCCUUCGCUCUGGCUUCUGCUUGUACCUGGCACGUUAAUGGCGUCGCCAGAGAUCGGCGCGCCGCUCGACCCCGUUGCUCCCGAGCGCCUCUGCUCAGACCACGAGCUCGGCGUUGCGACGCCGCGUCGCUGUUCGUGCAGCGUGAUGCUUUCGUUUGGGGCAUUUCUCCUGUCGCUUGUCUACACGCUCUUGGUUGCACUCACGAUCGCGCUCACAACGUACGACUAUUUACCGGCCGAGCUACGGGGUUUCCGCGGCCAGCGCUUUCGCAUCUUUUACGCGACGGUCAGUGUCAUUUGCGGUGCCGUUCUCGUCUUGCGACCGCUGACACCGACGCUGCGGUCAACAAUGGACCGACUCCGGUUCGUCGUCGGCGCUGGUCUGUGCUGCGUGUGCGCUGUGCCCAUGGCGAGUUUCUACGCAGCGUCCUCUGUCUCGCCCGGCGCGAACCCGCCACCAGUGAGAUUGGGCAACGUGACGUCGGAUCUGCGCCUUGUGAGCUUCAACGUGUACCAGGGCUUUAACCGAGCCGGUGGCAACAACUUUAACGCGAUUCGAUCGAUGCUCGAUGACUUUAACCCGCACAUUGUGGCUCUCCAGGAGUCGGACACGAUGCAAACAGGGUCGGGAAGCUUGGACUUGGCGCUGUACCUGGCGCUGCAUCGGGGCAUGUACAGCUUUGCUAGCCCCGCGACCGACGCCGACUCGUUUGGGUGCACCCUCUUGUCGUCGUUCCCGAUUCUGGCCGCCACGGGCAUCGUCUUGCCAUCGCAAGGCGAGAACGCGUGCUUCCAGCAUGUGCAAUUGAACGUCCGUGGAACUCCACUGCACGUCAUGAACGUCCAUCUUGGCAACGACGGCACGACCGACCGCGACACCCAGCUGGCGCUCGUGUUAGCCCACGUCCGGAACGCCUCGGGCCCUCUCGUCCUCAUGGGGGACUUCAACACACGUAAAGGAUCGCGCGCGUAUGCCUCUUUGGUGCAGUCGACGCAGCUCCUGGACGCGGGCGACCGAGGCAACUGCGUUCGACCGAGUCCGCACCCGAAUACCGGCGUGCCCAUCGAGUACAUAUUCUUUAGCAACGUGACGUGCGUCCAGUUCGAGUACCCGCAGCGUUAUAGUCAACAACAGACUGCCGACAGCUUUCCCCGCGUCGCCUACAUGAACCUUACAUCGACAUGAAUCAAGCACGUACGUCUUCUUGGA